AUGACGACAAAAGGUGCCACGAUGGAUGAGAUUCGCCAAUUGGAUCGGUCUUCGCAACAACAGAGAUCGAAUUCAGCGAGGGGGUUUCGGUUGACGGAUGCAGAGAUCGAGCAACUGAUGGAAUCCCUCGAGCACGAGGAGGAGGGCAAAGAGAGGACUUGGGCUCGGUGGUUUGUGGAGACUUAUCUCCAGCACUGUUCUUGGUACUUUCCUCGUAAAGACAUUCCUGGUGCUCCAUCAUUAUCCUAUUCUUGGGCUUACUACGAGCGUGUGACACUCCCUCGUCAUUUUGUCGGUCCAGCCAAGAGGCGAGCAGAGCCAAAUGAAAAGGGAGAGACUGAACUCUACAAUCCGUGGAAAACAAAGCAAAAGCACUUGGUGGAAUUUGGAAUUGGGGUUGAUCUAUAUUUCCAAUCAGUGCGUGCCAUCUCGAUCAUGUUUUUAGUUGCAGCAUUGUGCAACGUGCCAAGCAUAUAUCACUAUGCUGUGAACUAUAGUGACGACAGAGGGAGGCGUUGGGGCCUGGAAGGAAGCGCAGAGUGUGCUUCUACCUACUGGGCAUACUGCGAGGAUUGCACAAGAGAGCUUUUCCCCGGAGAGUCAGCAUCCCGGUUGGCCGAGGCGGAUGAUGGCAGUUUGUUGGCAAUGAGGAAUGAUUGUGACGUAACACUGAUGUUGGGGGCUGUCAAUUGGUUCACGUGGGUUUUCUUCUUUCUUUUCCUGACCGGCAUGUCCAUGUACCAAACAACCCGAGAGAUCCGUUUUGAUGAAGACAAACUGACAGCCAAAGAUUACUCUGUUGCAGUGAAGAAUCCACCACCGGAUGCUCUAGACCCAGACGAAUGGCGAGACUUCUUUGCACAAUUUGCAGAGAAGCAAGUGACACUUGUGUCACUUCACCUCGACAAUGAAGAGAUGCUGCGAACCCUUUUGCUUCGUCGAAUACAAAGGGACCAGUUACGGCGAAUGUUGCCCAAAGGAACAGAUCUAGACGAUGAAGAUGCGCUACGGAUGGCUGUCGAUGUUCAUAUUCGAGAAAGAGACGCGGAGCCGCAAGGGUGCGUAGGAUGCGUGCUGGAGUUCUUGCUAUUUAAGCCCUUGAGAAUGUUUGGUUUGCUUGCAAAGGCGGAGUCAUGCCUAGAGCGCAUUGACACUCUCACUGAAAAGAUCAAGGAGCUUCAGCUCCAAGAAUAUGAGCUUUCUAAGGUCUACGUUACAUUCGAAACAGAAGAAGGGCAACGGUCAGCUCUCGAGGCGCUUUCUGCAAGUCGUGUCGACAUUAUCAUGAACAAUACGCACAAUAUCCCUCCGAGCGCCAUCUUUCGCGAUAGAGUACUCAGAGUGAUAGAUCCAACCGAACCCAAUGCAGUUCGUUGGCAGGACCUUAGUGACUCGAAGCUGUACCGAGUUCUGGCCAGUUUUGCAAAUUUUAUCGUGACCAUCGGACUGAUUGCUGUUGCUGGUUACUGUGCAGAUAUAACGCGUCAAGAGCUGGGGCCUCGGAUGUCUGCUGCUUUGGUGGCGAUUUUCAAUGGUGGCAUUCCCUUUGUAUUGCAACAGUUGAUGAUGUUCGAGAGACACCAAACUGAAGGAGGUUAUCAAUCAUCUCUUUACUUCAAGAUUACACUGUUUCGUUGGUUCAAUACAGCUAUGGUACUACAGUUCAUAACACCAUUUACCUCUUCCAUUAGCACUGGACGGAACGAUCUGCUUCCCAGUAUCAGUGCCAUCCUUUGGGCGGAACUCUUUAUCACUCCAUUCAUUCGAUACGCCGAUUUCCCGGGGAACCUCCAGAAGCACAUAUUGGCGCCGCGUGCGGUAACUCAAGAGCAAAUGAACCUUUGCUUCCUUGGCACUCGGUACAACCUUGGAGAAAGAUACACAGACCUUACAAAGGUACUGUUUGUCUGCUUCUUCUACAGUGCCCUGUUCCCGGCAUCUUUCUUCUUUGGGUUUGCGAUUUUGUUGGUACAAUAUUAUGUGGACAAGAUUUGCCUAGUGCGAAUCUGGGGUGUGGCCCCGUCGCUUGGCAACAAGCUCGCAGUAUUCAGCCGGAAAUACUUUUUCACUGGGGCUCUGGUGGCCUUCAUCAUAUCUUCUGCGUACGCCUGGGCCGAAUUCCCUUACGACAAUCUAUGUGACCCUGAGGGUGGUACUAUCUCCAAGAUUAUUCCGCAGCGUAAUGCCUCCGCCCUCCGUUUCAGCGACGAUAAACGCAUAGAUGUGAAUGUGGGACAGGAGGAGCCUGUAAGAUUCUGCCACCAAGGCUACCGUGGCCAACUUGAAACCUACGGCUUCAACUUUCCGCCUUCGGUCCUGGCUCAACCAGACGGUUUGAAAUGGAUGACAGAAGACCAGGAGACAAUCGUCACAUGGUUCUAUUGGUCUGUCAUUUUGGCCAUGGUUGCCUUCUUUAUCAUUGGCUUUUUGCGGAUUACUACCAAGGCCAUUGUGGGUUGCUUCCGCAGUAAUUAUGAGCCGACGGGAUCAAGCCAAAGGAUCGACUUCAGCUGCAAUCAAGAUAUUGUGGCUUAUUUUCCGUCCAUCAAGUUGUUUACUUAUCCAUUCCCUUUCAUAGCGGCCAACAUUGACGAUCUCGAUCCAGAUCUGGUAGGCUUUACUGACACUGACAAGCACUUGGACCACUGGAAUCUGAUGUUUGACGUUCCAUUUCCAGGAAUGCAUCGGCGGAAGCGAAGCCUUAACGACCCCGAACCAUCUCCGGACGAACCAUCUCCGGAAGACGAGUUGCAACCGGAACAGGCUGGCAACACUGAACGCCCCAUAUUUGGAAUUGUCAAGCACUAUCCCCCGGAUUGGUGGGUAUCAGAAGCAUUAAAGAAAAACAGAUAG